AUGGUAUAUAUGGAAACAAAUGAUUGAUGUCUGACGUUUAGGGUCUCUCUCCCGAAUGCAGAAGAAGGUUCAUCCAUAAGCAGCAGCUACAAGGCAUUUUCCUUUGUACCUGCCACAGUUUCAACCACUCAUGUCUUUUCUCUCUUUCUUUCCAUUUCGAUUCUCUGGUCAACUACACUCCCCCUAUAUAAUAUGUACCUCUACCUUUGCAUCCUCACACCUCAAUCUAAAGACAGAACUAACACAAAUCUCAAGGGUACUUUACUUAGAAGAAAAAAAUGGAUAGCGAAGAAGUCCCAUCAGCACCUUCCACACCUGCAACACCAGGGGCCCCUCUUUUCGGUGGCAAUGGCAACCUCAGGUUUGAGAAACCUAACGUUGUAAGGAAAUCGUCCUUCCUCAGAAGUUGCAAAUGCUUCAGUGUUGAACAAUGGACCUUGGAAGAUGGAGCCAUGCCUAGAGUUUCUUGCUCUUUACCCGCCCCUCAAAUCCCUCUGGCAAAAAAGGUUGGAGCUGAGUUUAUUGGCACGUUCAUUCUCAUGUUUGCUGCUAUAGGCACUGCUAUUGUGAACCAAAAAACUCAUGGCUCAGAGACUCUGAUUGGAUGUGCUGCGGCAAAUGGACUUGCUGUCAUGAUCAUCAUUUUCUCCACCGGUCACAUCUCCGGGGCUCAUCUCAACCCCGCCGUCACCAUUUCCUUCGCUGCAUUAAAGCACUUUCCAUGGAAGAAUGUGCCGGUGUAUAUUGGUACACAGGUUUUGGCAUCAGUGAGUGCUGCAUUUGCUCUGAAAGUGGUUUUUCAUCCCUUCAUGAGCGGUGGAGUAACGGUCCCUUCUGUAGGAUACGGGCAAGCUUUCGCCACAGAGUUCAUUGUCAGCUUUAUUCUCAUGUUCGUUGUCACUGCAGUGGCCACCGACACAAGAGCUGCGGGAGAGCUUGCAGGAAUAGCAGUGGGAGGCACAGUGAUGCUCAACAUACUUAUAGCCGGGCCAGCAACGGGAAGUUCAAUGAACCCUGUUAGAACAUUGGGUCCAGCCAUUGCUGCAAACAACUACAAGGGCAUAUGGGUGUAUCUCAUUGCUCCCAUAUUUGGAACUCUGUGUGGGGCAGGUGCCUACACUGUGGUGAAGCUGCCCCAGGAAGAGGCAACAAAGCCUCCUAAUUCACCUUCUGCCAUUGUUGGAAGCUUCAGAAGGUGAUGAUAUCAACCAUUAUUCAUGCACCGUUAUAGAUAUUGGAGCAGAAUUCACCACUGUUUGGUGCAUGCAUGUAUAUUAGAUUAGAUAGAUAUAUGUACACAUGGAUCUGUGUUGGAUCUGUGUUCGGAUAUGCAUCUACGUGUUCUGUAAAAUUAGUUUCCCAGGACUUUAACAAAAUCAGUGGGGAUUUUCUACAAACAUGUACCAUGCAUAUGUUGCUUUAACGAUACGAUCAUGGAUUUCUUACACGAAUUAAUGGUUCCUUCAACUAAGAGCAAAACAUUAAACUUCUCAGACAAUUAAUCCA